AUGACUGAAGAAAUUAAAGAAUAUAAAAAAGAAGGUUUUUUCCCAAAUAUAGAUAGCUAUUGGCAAAAAAGAUGGGAAAGUUGUAGUUUGAUAUCUGGAAAAAAGGAUAAGAAAUAUAUUCUUGAAAUGUUUCCAUAUCCUUCUGGAAAAAUUCAUAUGGGACAUGUUAGAAAUUAUGUCCUAGGUGAUGUUCUUUGUAGAUAUUUUGUUAAGAAAGGAUAUGAUAUCUUACAUACAAUGGCAUGGGAUGCAUUUGGUUUGCCUGCAGAAAAUGCUGCUAGGAAAAAUAAUAUUAAUCCUGCUGAUUGGACUCAUAAUAAUAUCUCUAAUAUGAGAAAAGAACUACAGAGUAUUGGUCUUCUCUAUAAUUGGAAAGAUGAAUUUGCUACAUGCGAUAAGGAAUAUUACUCACAUCAACAAAAAAUCUUCUUAGAUUUAUACAAUAAUGGUUUGGUUUAUAAAAAAAAUGUUUGGGUUAAUUGGGACCCAAUUGAUAAAACAGUUCUAGCUAAUGAGCAAGUAAUUGAUGGAAAGGGUUGGAGGUCUGGUGCCCAGGUUGAAAGGAAAAAACUUUCUCAAUGGAUGUUAAAAAUUACUGAUUUUGCAGAUGAUUUAAUUGAAGGUCUGGAUGAUUUAGAUUGGAACCAAGAAGUUUUGCAAAUGCAAAGAAAUUGGAUUGGUAGGUCUGAAGGUUUUAAAAUUUCAUUUAAAGUAAAUAAUUCCUCUGAUUUUAAAGAAAUAGAAGUUUAUACUACUCGUCCAGAAACAAUUUUUGGUGCAAGUUGCUUAUUAUUAUCACCUGAUCAUUACAUAUCAGAUUUGUUAUCAACAAAUAAUUUUCCUCUAAGUAAUUUUAUUAAUGAUUGUCAAAAAGAUAAUAAUUCUAGAGAUCCUAAUGUUCCUAAGAAGGGUAUUUUUAUUGAUAUUGAAGUUGUUAAUCCAGCUACAGGUGAUUUAUUGCCUGUUUUUAUAGCAAAUUUUGUCCUAAAUCAUGUUACAGGUGCAAUAUUUUGCUGUCCUGCUCAUGAUGUUAGAGAUUUUGAAUUCUCUAAGAAAUAUAAUUUACCUAUCAAUCAAGUUAUAACUCCAAAUGAUGAUAGUCCUGUAGAUUUAGAAAAUGAACCUUAUAUUAGUGAUGGAAAACUAAUUAAUUCUGGAAUUUUGGAUGGUUUGUCUGUUUUGGAGGCUAGAGAAAAGUUUAAAAAUCAUAAUUUUGUUAAUCAAUUGGCUUCUGAUGGUAAAAUUGAAGUUUGCUUUGCAUAUAAAUUACAUGAUUGGUGUAUUUCAAGGCAAAGAUAUUGGGGUUGUCCUAUUCCAAUUAUUGAUUGUAAAAAAUGUGGUCUCAUUCCUGCUAAAAUUCCUGUUAUUCUGCCUGAAGAUGUGGAUAUAAAUUUUCAAGGUAAUCCUUUAGAUUCUUGUUUGGGUUGGAAAAAUGUUGAAUGUCAUAAUUGUGGUAGUAGUGCUGCAAGAGAAACAGAUACAAUGGAUACUUUUGUUGAUUCUUCAUGGUAUUUCAUAAGAAUUUGUUCUGCUAAGAAUAGUAAUAUCCCAUUUAGUCAAGAUGAUAUUAAUAAAUGGAUGCCAGUUGAUUACUAUAUUGGUGGAAUAGAGCAUGCUAUUUUGCAUUUGCUGUAUUCUAGAUUUAUCUGUAGGGCAUUGAAUAAGUGUGGAUAUAAUAUACCUAAAGAGCCAUUUAAAAAAUUAUUUGCUCAGGGUAUGGUUUGCCAUAAAACAUUUAAAAAUAAAGAUACAGGUGAUUGGGUUUAUCCUAGCGAUAUCUGUUUUGAUGAUGGUAAAUAUAGAAUUAAAAUUCCUGAAAGUUACAGUAGUAGUGUUGAAGGUUCUGAGGUUAUUGUUGGUCCAAGUGAGGAUUGGCUUCUACUUCAGCAGGGGCAACAUCAUCAGCUUGUACCUGAGCAGGAGCAGCAGCUUGUGCCUGUACCUGAGCAGGAGCAGCAGCUUGUGCCUGUACCUGAGGAGCAGGUCUUGAAGUCCAAACAUAAAAGUAAUCAUAUUCUUCAUCAGUAA